GGUAGGGCUGGGCGAUAUGGGGAAAAAGUUUAUCACGAUACAUUUUUUUCACAUCAAUAUAUAUCACAAUAGGACUGGAAAUAUGCGUCACAUCAGCCAAUCAGAGUCAAGCUUUUGCUGCUCACUUCUGUAAGUUGCCGGAGAAGUAAACAGAAUGACCGAACGUGGAUCUAAAUGCGGAGCUUAGGGCAGCAUAAUAGAUGUUAGCCGUGACUUUGAAUCAUCCUCUGAAGAUGUUAUUGUUGAGAAGUUAUUCAACAUCGGUUGUGUGGCGGUGGUUCAGGUAUCUCCAAAGUGACGCUGAGCAAUUAAGCCAAUGUGCAAGGUAUGUCGGCGAUCAGUGCUCUCAAAACCGGCAACACAUCAAAUCUGUUUAAUCAUUUGUAGAAGUACUAACUGAGUGAUUGUGUGGAAAGCAUGAAAAUGUGAGCGGAGUCUGUACAGCCUGUCACUGUCGACAGCACAAAUAGCAUUAGCAGUUUAGCCUCAACUAGCGGUGCAACCACCAGACCUAAGCAGCAACCAACUGUUUAUCUACAUUUACAUUUUAAGGCGUCUUCAUUAUCUCUGAGGGGGCCAUUUGUUUAUUUUGGGUCUUGCAUCCCUGCAAAAACACCCAGGACUGUAAACUAAUUCACUGUAUUAUCUAGUAUUUAUCUACAUUUGUUUUACUGUUGAGUUAAAUGUUUCUUAUAUUUUUCUAUGUGUAUAUUAUUCAGUUUGCUUUAUUUACUUUGUAUGUUAAUAAAAUGUUGAACUAAUCUCUAGUUUCUUUAGUUUUUAGUACAGAUACUUUAAAACGGGCAGUUUUAAAAAAAAUCUUGAUAAUAAUCGAGAUCGGACAUCAUGACAAAAUAUAUCGUGAUCAUUUUUUUUCCCAAGUCGCCCAGGCCUAUAUCAGGAUAGAAAAAAUUAAAUUUAACAGUGCUUAUUGGUAGCAUGUCUUUUGCAAUACAGCAAGCUACUGCAUCUGUGAGGCCUUUGCUACUUGGUUCUAAUUCAGCCAAUGCUAUCUCAUGCUACUCGAUGUUCAGCUCAUAAGCGGCUGCCAUGAGCCUCAUGUGAGAUAAUUUGUUUACAAUAUAUGAGUCAUAUAUCAUGAUUGAUUGCUGAAUACAGUCCUUCAUAUUUAGAUUACAUAUGUGUGUUAUGUAUGGUGUGAGCUGUACUGAUUGUUGCUGUGUGUCUGUAUUUCCAGAACCACAGUCAAAUAAAUCCACCACUAAACUGGACAUGGGUAUCCUUUUUUUUUUUUACGGGGGCACACACAAUACACUUUGGCACUCUAAACCCAUCUAAAUCCUGGAGAAUACACUUUUCUCCUUUUCAAUGCAGACUAUAGAAUAGCAUAUUGGCCAUGUUUUAUAUUGAUAUCGAGGGAAAUUCAUUUUCAAUAUAUAUCGUUAUGAUUUUAUCGCCCACAAUAACAUCAUUCUCACCAUAUAUCUGGCCAGUGCAUGCAUCUUAUCUCCCCACUUUCCUCUCCUCAGUCUCCACCCUCUGUGGUCCCCACCUGCCUGUCCCCUGAAAGGCUUCAACAUGCUGCGAGAGAGCUCCAAGGCAUGGAGCAAUGGCUCCGAGGCCUACAGCAGUGACCCAGAGGAAGAUGAGGAGGAAGAGGAAGAGAUGGUGUUUGGGGAGACGGACCAGGAAAGCAUGGCAGAGGAGAUGAUGGAUUUGAGCGACCUCCCCUCUGCUCUAUUUGCGUGCAGCGUCCACGAGGCUGUAUUUGAAGAGGAUGUUCACAGGGUGAGUAAGCAUGUUUGAAUCAAUCGGCAACAUCUUCAUGCGCUCAUGUUGAAUUUAAGUCACUGCUUUCAUGAGCACUUUGAUUGGUUAUCACACACAAACACACACUCACUUAUAUAUCUGAGCCCUGUAGUUUUAAGCAGGGUGUGGAUGUUAAUGAAUGAUAUUUCUGUAGUCAUCCAUCAUUGUGUCAGAUAGAUAGAUAACUUGAUAGAUGUCCAGAUUCAUUGGGAUUUGACCCUCAUGUGAAUCAAACAGCCCAAUGUAGCUCCUGCACAAGACCUGGGAUAUUAUAUUGUAAGAGGGUGGUUAUGCUAAUUACAACCUCAACAGGGUGAGACAAGCUCGCUACGCAUAGUGACUUUAAGACUAGCCUGAGGCAGAAGCUAAUCAUUUUUUAAUGGAAACUUAACAUUUACACCACAGUAUCAGCAGGUAGAGGUGAAAUGUGCAGGACUUCUUUCUGUGAGAUGUGAUGUGUGUAAUCAGGUUGUUCUCGAGGUCUCUUACUUGUUAGGAAUUAAUCAUUGAAGUUACGGGGCUUUGACCAGUCAAUAAAGUGUUCAACACAGCGCACAAGUCAGCUUGACUUGAAAACAGCAGAUGGAAGGGAAAAGGCUGUAAACCACUUACCUACUUACUGAGGGACUUCAUAGAUGAGGCAAAUUUCUGUGUUAUUGUCAAAAAGUGUGAUCUCUGCAAUUGCAUAUAUGAAAACAAUCACUAUUUGUUGUUGAGUUGUAGAUGCAUCAACUCGAUUGACAAUACUGGGGUUGCAUCAUAAAGAUUCAAACACACACUAUCUCAAGGAUAAGUCAAUAGUCCUCCUUGCAUCACUGAUGGCGCAAUGAUACUAUAAGCCUGGAUUUGCACUUUUCCUCAGUCUGUCAUUUUUUGACAGCUGUCUUUCCUGCAUUUACGGCUGCAGCUGUGAUACUUUAGUCUGUAUUACACAUGGACUUCAUCAUUUUCUUGUAUUCAAGUUUGCUCAAAGGUAGUAAAAUAUGCUCACAGUUAACUAGUUCAUGUUUUCAAAUGGUAAUAUACUCCACCCUCAACCAGAUAACCAGAAGAUAUAGUGAGGGUAUUUCGUACUGGCUUUGUUUGUGGCCCGGAAUUCUGAUAUGACUUGCUUGCAUCAUCCCCUCAUGCAGUGUGUUAGUCACGCCUUACUCUGAUUUACAGAGGUCAUCUCAUUCAGUCAACGCACAUGCGCUGUAGAUUGCAUACAUAUAAAAUUACACACAGUUUAUACUCUCUUAAAGAUUCUGUGGGAAGUGUAGUCUAUGUGUGACGGCCUCUCAGAGCAGAAAUACUCACGAUCACUGGAUCCUUUUUUCUGGAAGAGGAUAUAAAGCGAAUACUUUUAAUUUUCUGCCCCUCUAAUCCAAUUAUACUGUCCUACCAUCCCUCCAUCCCUCCAGCUGGCAUGCUUCACAACCCUCUCUCCUUUUCUCUCUGUUUUUAGUCCUCUGUUCUCUGUUGAAUUCAUCUCUAAUAUAUGUCUCUAUCAUCUGUCCACCGAGAUAUCUUCUUUUUCUUCUUUUCUCUCUGAUCAGUUGUUUAUCUUCUCUCUCCACUCUUAAUUCGUUCUCUAUUCCGAUUUUAAGUGUUCUUUAUUUACCCUCUCUAUGUAUACAUGCAAAUCAGAGAGGCUAAAUCUGGCGCAUACACAAAAUCCCUUUAAACGAAACACUCCUGCUUUGUGCGCUUGCUGUUUGUACAUUUGUUGCUCCUAGCGGCAGAGUCUGCCCCUCCAUUCCUUCUCUCUUUCCCUCUCUCUCUCUCUUUUUUUCCUCCCCACUUCAUUACAAUUCACACUCCGCCUUUUAAGUGGAAAUGCCACCCACGCACACUUCAGUCAGAGCAUGUCAAUAGAUUGUUCUCCAUAUGGCUCAAUUAAAUAGGCUCCACCAAAAAUAGAACUUCUGACAUUUGUUUAAACUUUAAAAAAACCAGGACAGGAAGGGAUGAGGUAUGAAAUAAGAAACAGGUUGCCUGUGAUAUUUUUUCAAAGCAGGAAGGAACUGAGUCUUUAUGAGGUUGUUUUUGGAUUGCAGCGGUGCUGUUUGAUCCUAAACGCACAAAAACACAGAAAUGCUACUCAAAUAGUCCAUAACUUGUUCUAAGGCUGAUAAAUUUGAGCAUUUUCCUCACAGUUACAACUUGGCAUCUCUAAACUCAGUGUGUAUGGUCUCAAUGUAAGAAACAGGGACAUGGCAACCUACAUUUUAGUAUCUUAAGGCUCCGGCCCCCUCCCAGCAGCAAUAUCACCUUCUGUUUGUGUUCUUUAAGGUCUGCAUGCAGAAGGACAGACUGUUUCUGUACUCUGCUCUAACAGAGGGAGAAACAGAGAGAGAGAGAGAGAGACAUGUGCAGCCUUGUAACAUAAGAAGCUCUUAGCAAGAUGUAAAAGCAUUUUCCUUUCUUCUGCAUUGUGAAAAGAAAACCCCAGUGGCACAUGUUUUCUCUUGUGUCUGCAGGGUUUGUUCCCUUGACCAGCUUUUAGAUGAAAUGGAAAGAUAUAUUAGCAACAUUGUUUGUUUCUGUUGUUCAGCUGAGGCCUGGUUGGUCCAGCCCACUUCUUCUCUGAUAUGACAAGGUUUAUAAAUCAUUUAAUACAGCUGCUUUGUUUUUUAUUCAUGGGACGGAAAUGCUUUGAUACUCACUCUCUCAGAAAGGUCAAAGUUUAGACAAACUAGUCUCAACAUCAUUUCAAAUGAAACAGUUCGAGAGUAGAUUUUUAUCCACCGUAUUACAGUCACUAUAGAUUAAAAGUAAAUCUUUUCUGUAAAAUAAAUAAUAAUAAUCAGCAUGGCUCCUGGUUUAUUUAAAGAACAUCUGUUUCAGUUCACCUGAACCGGACACGCACAUUGCAUUCAUAGUAAAAAUUUCCACAACAAUCCAAAAUUCAACGUUUUUGCCUCAUCGUCGAAUCAUAAACUGAACUAAUAUUUUACAGAUUGAUUUUUAUCCAUGUGAUCUAGUUGUCCCUGGCACCACUCUAGCUAUUCAGAAUCAAUACCCAUUGUUUGUAGGGGGUUUUGAUCAAUCAGAAUGAAGUAUUUAGCACAGCCAGGAAGUUUGUUAUAAAAACAGGUAAUAGAUUUAACGUAAUGUUGGCCAGUGUAUCAGAUCAAAUGAUCGAAAUUCAUAUUUUGGCGCUAAUUUAAAAAAUAGGUAACACUUUAUUUGACGCCUAUCUCUAUAACGCAUUGUAAAUAUAUGUAAAAUGCAUUAUAAUCACAUUAUAGCACUGUAUAACUAUAGUUGUAAACACUCAUAAAUGAUCAUAAUGCUUUAUAGCAAUAAUCAUGAAACACUAUAAAGCAUUUUAUCAUGACUUACAAGGUCAGGUAUUAUAAUGUCUUAUAACUGUUAACAACAGUUGCAUUGCAUUAUCUAUGUGGGCAUUGUCAGUGAGUCAUAACAGUUAUAACACAUUAUAAUACCAGACCUUGUAAGUCAUGAUAAAAUGCUUUAUAAUGUGUUAUGAUUAUUGCUGUAAAGCAUUAUGGUCAUUUAUGAGUGUUUACAACUAUAGUUAUACAGUGCUUUAAUGUGAUUAUAAUGCAUUAUACAUAUAUUGAUAAUGCGUUAUAUAGAUAGGCGUCAAAUAAAGUGUUACCAAAAAAGGCUACAUCGGAAGGAAAAAUAAUUGGUGAGAUAUUUAAAAUUCAUCUGCCAUCAGAACAAGUCCUUGUUCUUUCAAAACAUAUCAAACUUUUAGUUUUAAGAUAUGACAAUGAGCCUAUACUUAAGAUCAGUCUGAUAUAAAUAUACUGUUUACAUAGCACAUUUUUUAACUGCAAGCAUCAUUUCAUACUAUAUUUGCUAUAUGAUUGGCAUCCUUUUUGGAGCAGUAAUUAAUGUUAGAAAAAAGGUCAUGUAUGCAGAGAAAAACUAAUAGGUAAAACCACUAAAUAUAAUUACACGUCUUAUAGAGAUAUAAAUUGAAACACGUAUAAGAAACAUAAGUUGAAAAGGGUCAGUGAUUUUGAAAGCAAGAUAAAAAAUUGCGUCCUCUUUUUUCUGUCUUCAAACCUUUGACUGAAUGGAAGAAAUGAAUAAAGUUUCAGUAGCUGCAGCUUCUAAUUCUGAGGUGAGUCAUGAUCUGUAACAGAGACGGAAAACAAGUGUGUGAGAGAAGUGAGGGAGGAGGAGACAGAGGUGUGAGCGGGGAGAGUGAGGGAGGAAAGUGCUUGUCAAGAGUAAGGUCAAAGAGGCCAUUAUCUGUCGUCUCCGAUAGUGCCCGGUGUAGAUCAGGCUUAAUCAGCGCAAGGCAAAGCUUUCAUCGCCGCUCUGGCUGCUGUCAGACCGAGCUCUCCCCAAUCCAUAACCAGAGCAACUGAGCAAGCACCAGCUGCUAGCUUUAUAAAACACAGAGCAAAUGUUUUUCUCCAAAGGCAACAGAAAAUCACACCAACUGUGCUUCAUUUGUUACUCGGUAUCACAUCAAACAAGAUGUGUUUGGUGAAAUCUGCAUUUAAGCAAUACUUUUAACUUUGACAACCAUCAAGCACAACUGUCUCUUAAGCUAUCUCUUUAGCAGACCUCGAAACAUUUAACAAGCUGUUCUCACUUGUAAUACAUUAGCAGUACAUCAGCGAUAACUGUAAGUAUGUGAAAAGUUGAACCACUUUGCCUGAUGCAGCAAUCCCACUUCAGAUGUGAUGUGUCUGAUAGUAUGACUCAUCCAUUGGUCGAUAAAGUAAGACAAGCCAAGCUCAGAGUUGAACAAUGAAACACAUCAAGGAGCAAAGACGACGUGGUGGAGGAUGUGAAAAGUGAGCCACGAAGUGAGUGUCUGUGUUUCACUCGAGCACACUAUGCUCUAUGGAUGCAUGUGCGUGUUAGUGAUAUGUUUGCAUGUGUCAGACUACAGUCUAUUUUUGGGCAUCGGUCCUGGGGGGGCUGAACGUGAGGGAGCGGGUGCUUGGCAGGCUGAAGGUCAGACAUGAUGCAGUGCAGAGUGAGCGAGUGCCCCCGGCUCCUGGCUGCUCCUGCUGCGGCCUGGAUAUUAUUCUGGUACACUGACCCAGGUUGUCUCAGCGACCUGGUGCGCUAUUUUUAUUGUUAUUUGUCAAGCUAAAGAAGAAACCAAAAAGCAAUUAAAGAGCGGUAGACAACGGUGGAAAGAGCUGUUUGGUUAAAUUGAGCUGUUUUGGCACUUGGGAUGGGUUUGACAAGAUGACAGUGUUUUCUUUUGCAGUGACAGUUUUCUAUUUCUCUUUGUGAAACUACGUCAGUCUUUGCAUUUUGAUGAGAGUGUCAAGUUGAAGGCUGUUACCAGGUUUUUCAGUAAAUCAGCGCCUUUUGCCGGGCUGCAAAAAUAAGCUCACACUGUGAUAUGACUGGAAAUCUAUUCGUCGAUAACAUCUGCAUUAUCUUUACUGUCUAUUUCUUCAAUCUUUGCAUUAUGAUACAGAUCAUUUCCCGCAGAAGCUGAUGUAAUGUAUAAUGUAAAGGAAAUUGAUUGGCCUAGAGGGCUAGAGGACUGUGUUUACCAGCUCAUUUGUGAAAGGUAUUUUAAUUCAUACACUGGGUGGAUCAGGUAUGCAAGGUGCAUGUGAAAUGCCCUGCACACUCAUUGUGAAGCGAUGCACAAGAGAUGACUACUUUGCUAAUUGGAUUUCUUCUCAGAGUUCAUGUAGAUUUGUACAGAUUGUGCUUGAUUGACAUCUCCCAGUCUCUGCUGUUAUAUUCUGAAGGAUGGAGCAAAUUACACACCAAUAAUUAGGUGUGCCAGUCAGACCAGGUUCCCACUUAAUAUCAAUUCAGUAUGCAAAACAGCCCGGCAGCUUGCCAUCUGUGUCAUCUUGAGUUGACAGCAACUGUGCUGCAACACAUGAGCAGAAUACUGUGUGAAACAAGAAAUUUUUAAACAUUAGAGAGAGAUCCAGUAGCUAAACUGGAGCCUCUACUUGUAAACACACAGACUUGGCAGUACUUUGGGCCAUGUUACCUAUGAAUUUACCUUUCUGACUCAUUAUCACACUGUAAUGACCUGAUGGGUUCACCAUAAUAUUAUUAAUAAGACUUUCAAACCUAAUGCCUCUUCAAGAUAAUUCAUGACUCUGAUCUUUCUCCUUUAUUCACCAAUUCAUCAUUGGCAUUAUAAAAAGACUCUUCAUAAUUAGCUGUUAAUUAUGAUUAAGGAAAUCUAUGGGUUGAAUACAUUUUUACACAAUCAAAGGUAUUAAAUUUCUCUGUAGUUAAAGGUGGGGUAGGCAGGAUCUGAGGAAGUGCCAGUUUUUGGGAGAAAUCUUGAUUGUAAACUCUACUCCUCCCAACCAGUUUUCUCCUCAGCUCCUCCUCUCCCCUCCCUCUCUGCUCCAGAAAGCCCCGCCCACAAACAGACGCUCCUGCUCGCUCGUAUCGUUCCAAUUAAAUUAGAUAUAAUGCAGAUAAAUACUUCAGAUCAUUACAAAUGGGGCCCAGUCAACGUGAAAGUAAAAAGCAUUGUUGCUACUGUAGAUGCCAACAGACUACCAGCAAACACAAUGUUUGCAGGACUUCUACAACUAGGAUAAAGUGACAAGAAACACUUCUGAAACACUUGGCUUACUUUGUUAAAGCGGUUUGGCUGUUCAGCAGAAAGGUAUUUACUAUGUUUUCUCGCUUGUGUUGGCAGUCGUGGCCAAAGGAGGAUUCAGACAAUUUUCUGUACUUUCUGGUUGGUUUCUACUGUCUGAUAUUGUAGCAAACUAACUUUAUCUGGGCUCCUGAACGACACAGGGGAGCAGCAUCUGCCACACAACCAAUAUGGAUAGAUAUCAGCACACUUCUUGUAUUGGUUCAAUAAAUGUUUAUAAAAUGGUUUUGUUUUGUUUUAAUUAAUUUAUUCUGUUGCUUAUAUUUACAGAACUUUACGGACAAGAGGUGUAGGACAGGAGGCAUCUUAAUCUAAAAUCUGACCUUUCCUACAUACUAGACCUUUCUAGAAGUCAUCUUUGGCUGUAACUUGAACAGACCUUUCCUUCACUCAUGUUUCUUCCACCCUUAACCAUCCUUAAAGAGUAAAAUCUAUGAGGAAUCCAUAGCUCUGCCACAAGUAAUAAACCUUUAAUAUCUCUCAUAUUUUCUUACCCUACGAUAUAUCACAAGGGGGCUUAUUUCUGGGUUUUCUGUACUCUGGAGAGACACACAUUAAUGAUGACUUUGUCAUUUAGAAAAAUCCCUUCACACCGCUAAUUGAAUCCAGUUACAUAAGCCUGUUGUGUCAUAUCGUCCUUUCUAAACCUCAAACAUCUAUUUAAAGACAAACACUUUUAUCCUCACACUGAUCAAAUUCCUGCUUGAGGAAAAUACAUUUCUCCUCUUUGAUAUGUAACAGCGAUUUGUGUGCACGGUAGCUUUUUUAAGACACAUCUCAUUUUGUCCUUCCCCUCGCCCACCAAUCAGAGGCUGAUUAUGAAACUGUAAGAUUUAGGGUUUAUUUGUUCUUAGUUGUGCCGCUGCGGUUCUAUUUAAAUCAGGAUGAUUUUCUGGUUCAGUCAGUCCAAAAAAAGAAAUGCGUCUCAGGCAUUUUUAGGAAUGGCAAGUCAGAAUACAACAGAAAAUGAUCACUUUUUUUAGCCGGUGCCAAAUAUAGAUGCAAUCGCAGUUCAAAAAUGAUUGCGGAUGAUUGCUUUUAGUCAUGAAUGUGUUAAAAAAAAAACUCAGAGAACAAGAAGUUGAAUUGAUUGGACUGCGAGGAUUUAUGAGAAGCAUUUGCUUAUAUUUUUUCACUCUCUCAAAGACCACCGUUGUUUUUCUUUACAGGGAGUCGACUGGACAUUUUUCUUGACUCCUGCCCUUCUUUCUUUUAUUACCUCUCUGUUUACUUUACGAACCUGACUGUUGUUGAUGACUUAAUGUUGUGGGUCUCGAAGCCGUCUCCCCUGUGAGGCUGCUUCUUAGAGUUAUUUAUGAGGAGAGAGGUGUGGAGACCGGCAUACAAAUCAAUUUCUGCCUGUUGUCAUUUACAGAAAAGGACUAUUGACAUCCAGUUCUUGUUGAUUUUUCUGCCAGCACUUGUUCAUCACUAUUGUGACUUUGCCAGGAAAAAGAAAUACAGUUGUGUUCGUGUUAAUGUUUGUGUGUGUUUGUAACGCUCCACAUUUCAAUUUGCUUCACUUUGGUUCCUUUUUAUUCCUGGUUUUCUUCGCAUUUUUCAUUUUGUUCAUUUUCCCCAUGAGUGCUUUCCCCCCCUGUCAUUAAGGGCUGUCUCUGUGUAUGUCUCGAUGACUCCGUCCUGUUUAGUAUUGACAGUCUAUAUACCCACAUUUAGGAUGCCUAGGGGCCUGCGCGUCUGUGUUGUACAGUCCUGUCUCUGUUUGUGGGUGGUUUGACUAAAAAAGAUCUUGAAGCUAUAGCAUCCUUCUUUUGUUCUUUCGAUUGAGUUUACUUAUGUGCCAGCCUCAUCCUUGAAAGUUUGAAAUCUCAUCGCAACAUUUUACAACUUGAGGAUCCCUUGGCUUUAAAUUAGUUUGAAAUAAAGAAUCAAGAGUUUUUUUCUGUCCUCUGGUGAAGCAGAUAGAAAGAUUUAUUCCAGCCUUGGAAAACAGCACCCACUUCCCAGAGUGCUUUGAGAUCGCCUCAGGUCCUAUCCUGCCUGUUUUUUUCUUCUUCUUCUCCCUUUGUUGUGUCUGGUAUUCAUGCAGCCACUAUGCCUGUUUGCAGGUCAGAGAAGCAGCCUAACCCAUCCAGAGAUUUGACCUGAUUUUUUGAUAGCAAAGCAAUCAGUGGAACAUUGGCACGUGUCGCUCUGUGCUCCUGUGCUCUGUCCCUGAUAUGCAGCCACUCAGCUCUGCAGCUCCUAAGCUGCUGGCCUGAGUUUAAACACUCGACAGCUGCUGGUGGUCAACCAGAUGUAGGCUAGAAACCAAAAACUUAGCCCCAUGUUUGGACUGUGUUUGUGGUGCUGUUGGUUUAAGCCCUGUGUACACAAAACAGCUCUGUUUAUUUCAUUUACAGUGGCUGUGUGAUGUAUUUUUUUUUGUUUUUGUUGACUGACAAAAAAGAUUAAAUAACAAUUAUGACAGCAUAGGAGGAAUAAAUCAUAAGUCAUAGAGAAGCAAUAAAGAUUCCUAGAUGAGGAAAAAAGGAGAGGAGACAAGGAAAAGAGAGUGAAAGUAAGAGUAAACAAAUCACAUCAGAAUAAAAACAGAUUAUAAGAAGACUUCAAGUGUGAGUAAUGCCAGGUAAUAUGGCCUCAAAUCCAUAUCAUAGGAAACUGAACCGUUUAUCUCAGCUAUGAUAAGACUGUGAUUAAUUUCUGUGACACAUAAUGUCAGGCAGCACAGUUCAUUCGAUAAUGAGAGAUCUACUUUGUUGUAAUCUUGAUUUUGAUUAACAGGAGGUCACAGAAAUGAUACAGUGGACCAUGCCUGUGACCAUGGCAACGCUCUUACACCUGCACUGAGAUGGAGAGAGAGAGAGAGAGAAAACGUUGGUGUUUCUGAUUAUUCCAUUACAAAAUAUAGAACAACAUCCUGAUUAUUUGUUUAAAAGUACUAAAUUUGGAUAAAGCUUUGAAGUUGGGGUCCUUGAGCUCCUAAUAAGUGGAUAGAGACACAGAAACAAAGCACUGAUCCAAACCUGAUCAAACUACAGUAGCUUUGCUGCAAUAUAGUGCCCUAAUGUCAUGUCAUAUUUUAACGGUGUAAAAAAAAAACACAAACAUCUAUCAUGGCUCACUGCUGGAGAACAGCUGGUUGAUUUCAGCACCUUCACAUAUACCUAGUCUUAUAUUUCAGCCACAAGAAGUCCAGAACUUUCUUUUCCUUUAAAGCACAACAUCUAUUUUUAAAGAUGUUUCAGGGUUUCUAGGAGUCAAACUUUAUAAACCACAUGCCAUUGAAUUCUGUUGAAUCUGUUUACAGAAUAAAAUGUAUAUACAUAUACUGUAUAUAUAUGAAUUAAUAAUCUUAAGGAUGAAAUAAGUGGUGUGGUUAGUGGUUUAAAAUAAGGGUGGGAAUCACUAGUUGCUCCACGAUACCAUACAACCUCGGUAUUUGGGCCACGAUACGAUAUUAUUGCGAUUUUUAACAUUUUGCAAUACAGUAAGUAUUUUGCGAUACAAUAUAUUGCGAUUUAUACCGUUUUUUCAACUGUUUAGCUAAUUUAGCAUAAACCUUUCCUUUAUGUUUUUCUCAUUGACACGUAUUUUAUUUUCAUGUAGCACAUCUUGCUUACCUUUUAUAUAUUUGUUGCACUAACUUUCUCCUGCUCUAUGAUGUCACCUCUGCCAACCUCACUGGACAAACAGUUGAUUUUUUUUUUUCUAUUACCAUAGAUUUAAUUUCAUAUUAGCAAUUAAUUUGAAAAAUCUAUUCUUGGUAAAUGAGACGAUACGAUAUAUCACCAAACAAAAUAUCGCAAUACUACAAUGUAUCGAUUUUUUCUCCCACCCCUAGUUCAAAAUGUCUGUUUUGAUCAAUUUUCAAUUAACUCACCAUCUCUAGGUGUAAGUGUGAGUGUGAACAGUCGUCUGUGUCCAUAUGUAAGCCCUGUGAUUGACUGGCACCCUGUUGAGGUAUAACCAAGCCCGUCACCCAAUAACAGCUGGGAUCGGCUGCAGGCCCCCCUGCUGUGACCUCAAACAGAAUAAGUGUUGGAGAUGAUGGAUGGACUGACUAGGACCUAAAAAUCAAUGUUGGGCUUCCUGCUCUUGAAUGUGUAAGACUCUUAUAGUUUAAUCUAAACUAUGUGACUUUUAUCAAACAUGUUUUUAAAGUGUUAAAUAUUUUUUAUUACAGAUCAUUCACAUAGAACAGGCCAAGUUGCUUUAAUUUUUAUGUGUACAAACUCAGCCCUAGACUUAACGCCCGCCCACUUAACGCCGGUGAAGGGAGCACAGACGAUUGAUAUCGUUAAUAGAAAAAGUUUAUAGUGGUAAAAUAAGGGGCAAUCAUGUAUAACCCUGUAACGGUCGUGUUUGUAUCCAAGUUCAACAUACAUAACAGUGUUUAAUUUUCCACUUGUACCCUUGACUGUGUAAAUUUCCCAUGAUAGCAUGAUAGCAGGCCCAGCCUUGUUAAUUAGGAAAAAAGACCAACUAUCAGUCACCGCUGGGAGUUGUCUGUCACUAGUAAUUAAAGCCUGAUUGCCAGAAGUCGUGCAAAAGUUAUCCAUUAACAUUCCCAACAUCUAAAUGACUUAACGCUGCUGCAUCAGUAACACCUCCCUCACAUUGCAUCCUGUCAGCUCGUCCGCAGAUCCGAAACCCUCUGACUGAACAGAUUUCAGGUGUGAAGGGGUGAUGAUGCUAGAGUUGUGUCACUUGCAGUUUAUGGCUGGUGUGUGUUUAUCCUUAUGUUUUCAUGCUGCUCUUUGCACCUGGAAGGAUCUCUCCCCCUCUGUCUGGAUAUUUUCUCUUACACCAUCCAGUCUCUCUGUUAUCUCUCACUCUUUCUCACCUACACUCUGUAGACGUUUCUCUUCGCCCUGUAGACACUCUUUUAUCCUCCCAUCCCUCUGUCUCCUCGCGGCUCCCUGCGCCUGUACUUGGCUGCGUGCUUUAUAAAUAGCUUGGCCUAGAUUACAGCAGCUGCAUUGGCGCUGGCACCAGGGCUUGGUUUGGCUGGGCCAAGUGAAGUAGCCUGGUGUAACCACAGGUUGGCAAUGAAGAGAUUGGGCGUGUGUGUGUGUGUGUGUGUGUGCAGUCAUGUGUGUACGUUCUCAUGUGUGUGUUCAAAUAAGGUAAGGAUAGUGCAGGUGCAGCCCAUCUGCAUGCUUGCAGUGGCCAAGCUCUAUUUUUCCACUAUGAAACCCACAAAAUAACUCAGAUAGACAAUCUUCUUGUCCCUUUUGUGUCUGUGAGUAGUGUGUUUUCAUAUCUUCAUUCAUUUCUAAUUUUAGAUUCCUUUCAUGUACAAUUGUGCGCAUGUGCUUGUUCAGUUCACCGGUGAUGUAACACAAAUAGACAGUGAAUUUGCAUGCAUUUCUUUUUCUCAUUGUGUCCAUGUGUUGCAAUGUUUUGUACCAUGUGCGAGGGGCCUCAUUAACAUAUGUGUGUGUAUUAUGAGUGUGUGUAUCACAGCCCAGCAUGAUGAUCCACUGCCCUGAUUUCCACCCUCCCGCUCCUCUGCAGAGCGCCACUCCGGAAUACAAAUCCUGCUCGCCAGUGAGUCUAAGACACAGCGUCUCACCCCUCUGAGCAUUUCUUCUGCCUCUCUGCCUCCUCCCUCUUCUCAUCGCUAACAAAAGUGCAUCAUGCAUGUCAGAGACUCUGCAGUUCCUCCAUUUUUUCCCUGCGUGUGCUUUUGUGCGUAGUCUGUAUGAGAAUUUUGAUGAUUGAUUUGUACAUUUUGGUUUCAAGAGUUAGUUUGCAUUUGAUGAUUCAUUCACAUAUUUGGUUGUCACAGUAUGCGUAAGAUCAACGACAAAGAAAGAGCUGAAAAAGGGGGAUAUUUUCGAGAGUAUUUGACAGAAAAACAUGUUUUGAUAAGAAGAUCAAAGAAAGAGCUGGAGAUGCUGGUGGCCUUUGAAUAAGUGCGUACUGCAGUAUACACUGCAGAUGUGAAUUUAUUCUAGAAAUAAGAUAUCCAUUUAAAAAAGCUACAUUCCCUUAUUAUGAAUAAUAACUAACUCUAUCGUAAAACUCAAAAUACGGCUAUAAGCAAAUACUGAAGUGGAUAAAUGUUGUAAUCUAAUGCAUUCUGGUGAAACUAGAUCGACAGAGCGGAAUAAGAAGUCAUUGGAGCAUUAUAAUUUCCUGCAUGGAGUCGUAGUCGGGGCGUACUCGCAGAGAGAAUUGUGAAUGAAGAGAAGAGAAUUCAGAAUGAGGAGGAGGAGGAGGAGGAGGAGAACUGCAGAAUGAGGCCAGAGAGGAAGAAAAGUGCUACAUCAUCCACAAUGAUACGGACAACUUAUCAGCAGUGGCUAAACCAUCAAACAAGUACAUCAACCAAGGGCUUCGAUAACCAAACACAAAUUCGUCAUGUAUAUUGAUUCAUGUCAGUGCAUUUUUUUUCAGGCCUACUCAAAACAGAACCCAUUAUGUAACCACACGAACCCCCACCCUCCAAUUCACACCACUCUCAUGUCCAUUUAAACUAGUAUUACAGAGAAUUUUCCCCUACAGUGUUGCUCAUACAUAAAAGAAGGAGUAUACAGUGUUUUCAUACCAUUUUAUCAUACAUGGGAGGUCAGUUUGCAUUCAUACUACGAGCCCUGUGGCAGCAGCAGAACAUCAAUCAUCUAUUUGUUCUUACACUGCUGUGAUAAAUACUUGGCUCUGAUUGGUCAAUACUCCAGAGAAAAAUUCAGUUAUUUCCAGGCAGAAAAGCUCAAUCAGGUGCUGCUCUGAUUCAUGCAGUUCUCCUGAUCAACUUGUUUUAACUUCACUAUCAGCAACUCAAGCAACUGUUAUUGAACUAUCACACAUUUUUCUGGUCUUACUGUAUAUUGUAUUAAAAAUUUCUUGUUACUUUUUUCAUUUAUUUUUAUUUAACCUUUAUUUAGCCAGGUAAGAAAACCUAUUGAGAUUGAGAUCCCUUUUACAAGGUUGACCUACCCAAGAGGUCAGCAGCACACAUCACAACAACAAUACAACAACAACAACAACAACAGCAGUAAUAAUUAUAAUAAUAAUAACAUUAACAACUACAAAGAUAAUAAUAAUAAUAACAAAAAUAAAAGUAAUAAUAAUAAUAAUGAUAAUAAUAACACCAACAACAACAACAAAAAUAAUAAUAAUAAUAACAAUAAUAAUAAUUAUAAUAAUAAUGAUAAUAACAAUAACAACAACAAUAAUAUUAAUAAAAAUAACAACAAAAAUAAUAAUACAAUUAUAGUAAUAAUAAUAAUAAAAUAAUGAUAAUAAUAACAAAAAUAAAAAAAAAUAAUGAUAAUAAUAAUAAUGAUCAUUAUAACAACAACAGUAACAACAAAAAUAAUAAUAGUAAUAAUAAUAACAAUAACAACAACAGUGAUAAUAAUAAUAAUAACAACAACAAAAUAUAAUAAUAAAAUAUAAUAAUUAUUGUUAUAACAACAACAACAAUAAUAAUAAUAAUAAUAAUAAUAAUAACAACAACAACAAUAAUAAAAUUCAAGGACAAAAUAAUAUACUGUAUCAGUUUUGCUUUUCGUUGUACCCCACAUGUUUAGCUACAAACUUCCUGCAGUCUUCCUCAGCAGAGUCACUUGAUCUUUUGGCAUUCUCAGCUGAUCCAGGACCAUCAUGCCCUGUGUUGUCUGACAAACUUCAGACAGCAUUGCAAGAAAAAUUGACCUACAUUUAAGGUUUACAUAACUAUUUAUACCCAUUACUCUGAAGCAGUGUUUAUCUGACUUGAACAUAUGUCUUUUGUUAACUUCUGCUUUGUUCGACUGUUCCAGGUAGCUAUAUCUUUUACUACUUUACUACUUCAAGCUAAACUAAUUCAAUAUUUAAAAAAUAUUAUGCAUUGAUCAACAUACAAUUCGAUCAUCUUUUUCUGUCUUUGGUUUUAGUGUUGUCUCUUAGCUUCUUCUCACCACUGUCUAACAUCCCACUGUCUUCUUCUGGUACUGCACAGCUGUCAACUUCUUCUUCUUUGGCCUGUGACUGCUGCACAUGUUCCCCUCACUUUUUGUCAUUAGCACCACCAUGAGGAGUCACAAAAAAAGUCACACGGCAAGUCAUCUCGGCAGGGGAAUCUAUUUUGAGUGUUGUAUUUUUACUUAGCUUGAGCAUGGAUACUUCGGUCUGGUGUAUUAAUAAUUGUAUCAGGCAGGCAGGACAACACUUAAUUGCCUAAUCUGGAUUUGUCCUGCCCUUAAAUUGCUAAUCUAGUGCUUGCAAACUCGCUUCCUAGAGCUUUCAAUCCCAGAAACUAAACUCUAGUUUCUGUACUAACUCCAAACUGUGAAUUCACCCGUGCCAAGUUGGUCGUCAUGGUGCUACGUUUACUACUACAUGGUCAGUUUUUUAGGAAUUCUGUCUAAACUCAUUAAGUUUGUCUUCAUUUUGUCACUUUUAACACAUCCUUAGAGCACUCCUCAACGAUAACUGCUGCUUUACAGUGCAGAAAAUACGUAUUAAAUAGGCUUUCAUAGACUAGAUUGAACCAGUCGAGUCUAAAUGUAGUAUGCUUGAAGGACCACACAUCAACAGAGGCUCUGCUCAGCUGAUGUUUCCUUGAGCAACACCAUGAAUCUCUACAUCUUCUGUUUACCUAAGGCUUUGCAAAUAGGACCAAGUCAAAAGAGAAUUUUCCAACAAGGCAUAAAUAAAUGAUCACAACCUUUGGCAAGCUUAGACUACAUUAGAUUUCAGAAAACUGAGCGGAUUUAAGAGAAAAAGGCAGCACUGGCACGUAGCUUUAUCCAUUCUGAGCUUGUGAUUAAUGAGCAACGGGGGAGAUUUUGAAAAAAUAUCUAGACCUGUCAAGUUACAUCUUCCAUACUGCUCGCUCCCACUGCCAUGGUUUGAAAAGAUAAAAAAGAUUUUUUUUUCCCCGGCAGAUGAAGCAGAUGACGAUGCUGUUCAGGCUCAAACCAUCAUGUUACAGUGUCUGAUGUGUGGUGCUUUUUGGCGUUAGAGGCAGAUUGUUCCAGACUUGGAUGACUGACUGAUGCUGUCUGGUGGAAGAAUGUAAGUCAUCCUCUCAUAUCUCACGCAUGUCCUCCGUCUGCUCUGCAUGGACAAUAGCUGACACACACACACAGACAUAAAUAACCCUCUCUGUCUCAAGUCUUAAUAUUAAUGGCUUAUAGGGGACUUAGCUGUCUCAGCUAGCCGGGCAAUUAUUAUUAUGAAAAGGCGGGAGGGAGAGAUGAUCUGAGUGAUGGAAAGAAGACAUGCUUCAUUAGGAAAUUAUGCAAUAGCUUAAUGUCUGUGGGAAUUUUUUUUAAUGACGGGUGUGUAGCUGAAGUGGAAACUUGUAUCAACAUAAUUAAGGAGGAAAGGAGCUGCGGCGUGGGUACAGUGGCCUUCAUCAGCUGCUUUAUCAUGAGUGAUGAAAAGCCACAAUACACUUAAUCUUCAAUCAACAAGGCAGCACCAAAAGUACAGCACAGCUCACUGAGGAGGUAUUUUUACCCUUUUAGAUCAGAGUCGUUCAGUUAGGAGUCAGCUCUGAAGACUACAAUGCCAAAAUUAGAGGUAGACUCAUUUCUACAGCAUCUUGGGAGAAAACAGCACAAUAACAGUUACACAUAACCAUGUUGUUUCUUGUUCUGAAGCCUAUGAAGCCACAAACCAUGUACGCAGCAUUAACUGGGAGCAUGCAGCUGACAGCCAUGGUUAUGCAAUGAUGUCUUCUUGACAGGGGGAAGGGGAUGCCUUCACUCAGCAUUUUAGUUUAGGCGCACAGAGCUGUGGUUGUCAGUCAUUAAGGCAUGAAUUUUAAGAUGAUGAUUCAUACAAAACAAUAACCUUGUAAAACAAAGUGGAGUUUUUCAAUGUUUGCUCUUGAUAAAAAAAGAAAGAAGGAAAGUUUAGUUUACAUGAGAGGCCUCAACUUUUUAAAAAAACUUUUUCUACAUUUUACAGCUGAAAAAGGUGAAAUUAAUAACUAAAAGUAUAAGGGAGUAAUCAAUCAUUAACAAAAACAAUGACGCAGUCAAUGAAAUCUGGGUUUAAAGAGAUAUUCCUAAAAAUUAAUUAAUUUAGGGUCAAACACACCAUACCACCGAGUUAGUCACCCCUGCAAAAGAUGAAUGUUGCCUACCACUUGCUUGUCUAGUUAUACCAACUUAAUUAACGACCGCACAAUAGCAAUACACAGCGGUCUCAGAACAGCACCUAACUUCAUCAACCGUACGUAUCGGAUCCCAGCCAUAGUACUAGCCACCAAACAUCUUUUUAGCUUUGCCUAAUUUCUUUAGGAAAGAGACGAAAGAGAUGAAAUCUGGGUUUAAUUUGAUCCCAAUAAGUUUUAAUAUGAUGUUUUUGAUAUUAUAUGUAUCAGUUUGACUAAAGUGACUUUUUAAACUGUACCACAUGUGAUAGUCGCCUUCUUGUUAUUUUGCCUAAUGAUCACUGAACCUGCACAUAUAAAAACAUCAUAUAUAUGAUCAGUCAAUGGGGCUCUUAGGUCACUGUCCAGCCACUGCAGUGUUGCUCACUGUACUUUAUGCAAAUAAGAGCCUCAGUCAAAAGGUAAACAACAGGCUCACUGUAGGAAUGCAGGGGGUGAGUCAGAGAGACAGUGGAGCUGAAAUCCCUCCAUUCACAGCUUGACUUGCCUCUUGACUCACAAACUGAAUUUUACAUCAAGGUUUUGUCACAUGACAGCUCUAGGGGAACAUAAAACUCGAGAAAAAAAAGGGAAAAAAUACACGAAAAGCGGAAUAAACCGGAGAGUACAUUCUGCAGUGCCCCGCUGCACGGUUCAUCAGACACUGUAGUGGCGUAAAAGACGACGAACGUGCGGAUGGUAAUGACGUCAAUGUGUAGCCAGAGAGGAGGGGGGAGGUAGGAGAGAGGGAGGAGUGGGAGAGAGAGAGUUUGCUCUGCUGCUGCAGCAUCACUCUGAGCAGUCGGCGCGUCGGUGCAGUGAGGAGUCCAGCUGCAACUCUCUCUCAGCUGACAGAACAAGCAGAAAAAUUCCGCCGGACUGCACCUCAACUUCUCUGAAAAAGGAGCGAAAAUCUCCGUUUCUACCUGCUGCAGAGGAGGAGAAAGACUUUUACCCCAUUUCGCUUGUUUCCCAACCACGAAAGGGAAUGCCAUCGAUAAAUAUGAAACUGGAGAUGGUGACCAUCAUCGCCUGCGAAGUAGACACCGAGGUGUUUACGUCUGACAAAAUGCAGGUACGCUUUCUCACCUAAACGCCUGCUGCGUCUAAUGCGUACCGCUUUGGCGUCCUUGUGGUGUGGUUGUGCAGCAGUUUGCUCGGGACUGUCUGCGUGCUGCUUGCUGAGUGCAUGCAUGUCUUUGGUGACGUUGAAUGCAGCCCUCGCUCUCGCUCACUCAGACGAGGAUUUUUAUCAAUGAAAGCCGCAGCUCGCCAAGACGCACGUUCCGCGCCGCGCGCACGGCAGUCUGAUUGACGCUGAAUGAAUUGCAGAAAUGGGUAGACAGGGGCAAGGAAGGGACACACAAGCAAAUCAUCUGUGCAAUGCAGCAGUUGUCGUUUCAUUGCGUAAGUUUUGUGAGGCUUUGUAUGAUGAUGAUGAUGCGUAUUUAAAGGGAUGGGUGUGAUAUGUUCAGUUGUCCAUGCCAAGCACAUGCAAAGGGAAGAAGUGAGACAAUUUUAGACGCAGUGGCAGACAGACCGUCUUCUUUCUUUCCCUCCCUCCUUCUCUCUCUCUCUCUCUGUGUGCUCUCUCCUCAUCCCAGCAGCAUUGCAGGUGCACUGGGGUAGAUGGGAAAAGAACAGUCAAAGAAGGGGUAGUUACAUAAGCACCAAAUUAAUGCUAAAAUAGUGCCGGAUAAAUAGUGCGAGUACAAAAGGGUUUUUAAUGAUGAUGCCACGAGGAAUGAAAAUGCAGCAUUCAUUAUGAGAGCUUUCUCUAAGUGAAGUGACUUUAUUCCAAAGUCAUUUAUGUAACUAUAAACUCAGUACACACAGAGAACACAUUUGGUAGUCAUAUUUUACUGACUGAAGCAAACUGUCAGUCACAGAGCAGGGAAGCAGUCGCACCUAUAUGUCCUCAAAAAAAGUCUUAAGACUUCACCUCUGGGACUGAAAGGUGCCAGUUUUUGGGCUUAAAGGGCCACGCAGGUAGACCGCUAGAGCUCAGUGUACCUGUGAAACCACUGUGUGCUUCUGUGUCACAGUAUCGUCCCUCACCUGCUGACUGGUCAACUGAUUUGACUCACCACUUAAGAGAAAGAACAAGAUACAAGGGAAGAGGAGACAUGAUAAAACCAAGCUUUGAUUCAUCAUCAACCUUUCAUAAUAAGAUGGGAUACGACACACUGAACGAUCCAACAUGAUAUGAUCCAUUAAAAUGUGAUGUGUUAUAGUAUGAUAGCACAGGAUUCAAUGCAAUAUGAUACGAUGCAUGUUAUUGUUCAGAUGCAGACAUACCUACACAUAGAUGAUCACAGACAUUGAGUGUAAAGAUGUGGGAGUGUUUCUGAUCCCGACACAAACACAGUGAUAUUUCAUCUCUGCCGCUUCUCGCUUCACUGUUUAUGUACUCUGAUAAGUGAGCGCUGGAUUCAGCUAUUUUCAGCUGCAAUUAUAGGUUUUAUGCACCCAGUCACCCCACCUUAAUGCCCACAGCGCCUUGGUCAGCCUUUUUAUUUUGCUACUUCAUGUCAAUUACCUACCUUACUGUGAAAUACCGUCUCUGCGUUUGGGAUUGCAUGAGUUGCACUUAAAAGAACAGCAUGAUACUGUAAUUUUUUGGUGCUUGGAAAUAAUUGAGACAUGAGAAAGAACAUGUCAGCUGCUGAGGUCUGCAGCUGUUGUGUUUGCUCCCAAAUAUCCUGCCCUGUUAGAGAUCAUCUUGAGGGAAAACAACAUUUUGAUUGCACGGGGUUUGAAACUGAAAAUAAAUACCACUUAUCCCGACCCCAGGACUUGAAAGAUAUUUUUCCCAAUAAAAACCUGGUUAGUGCUCUAAAAUCAGCACCUCACAGACCAGACACAGCGCGAGGCGGUCUUUACUUUCAAGUAGUUUUUAUCAGCCCACCCCCCGCAAUGAAAAUGAGGUUUGCACAGAACUAAAAGAGCAGACAGAGGGCUGACUUUCGAAUGACACAAAGAACACCACUAAUCCUGGUUUCUGGCACAGGGAGCGCAUCGAGGGAGAGGGCAGAUUAACAGCAGAGCACGUGUGUGUGAGGGGGGGGUCUGAUUGAGCUCAUAUCUCUGUUGGCUCCAUUUGUGUUUAUUAUUAUUAUUAUUAUUAAUAAUCAACGAGAUCUGAGCUUGUUUAAGCCCACUUUUUUAUUAAUAUCUCUGCAUCAGAUGGCAAGCGGCAAUAAUGGGUGUCCUGUUUUUGUUUUAAAGCACUUUGGAUGAACUUGUGAAGCUGCUAUUAAUAGACACUUCAGAGAAAGAUUAGGCAGCGGUGCUCUAAGAGGCGACAUGAAGAAAAUCAGUGAAUGGUGUGUUUAUUUAAUUAGAGGACAUGCUGAACGGCUGGCUGUUGUGAUUUUUGGAGCCUUUUGUUUUGACACGGUUAGAAUGGCAUGCCCACGCUUUGGCUCUGUGCCCGCUGGUUACAUCAUUUAAGAGCCGAACACCAACGCUGUGGACAGGGCAGGUUGUUGUUUGUGAUAAUGGCAGGGCUGCUGGUACAGUGGGCCGUCAAACCAAAGUGCUUUGUGGAGAAAACAGUUGGACUGUUGUUGUCGAGAGAGAGAGAGAGAGAGAGAGAGAGAGAGGUUUAGUGGGGCCAGAUGCUGAGUGUGUGCAUGUUCAUCACAACACACUAUCAUUACCUGGGAAUAUAUCCCAGCAUCAGCACAUGACAUCACAGGACAUGCGGUGAAGGUCACAGCAUGUCGGCAAGCAGUGAAUGUGUUACAGCGUGACGCAAGCCUGCACACUUACCCAGCAUGCGUGAUUUACUGCUGACAUUUACAUCUAAUUUAUUUAUUUACUCACUCGCCGGUUCGAUUGGUGCCCAUUUAUUUGGUCUUUUAUACUUGAAUAAAUAAUUAACCAGCCUGUCAACCUGCUCCUCUCCUUGGUAAGUGCCUCUUGGCUCCAGUCUGUUGCUAAAUUACAUGUUUUUUUUUAAUUAGGAAGAUUUGGGAGGAAUUUGAAUUUGGAUAAUGGCACAUUCGCAUUUUAUUAUGAAGUCAUUUGUGAUUAACAAAAGAGAAAAACACCCAAAACUGCAUAAUGAGCCUCAGAGAGCACCUAUUUUCAACCUAAGAUCGUUCUCCCACACCCUGUAGUAACACUGACACACUCACACACUCCAAACAGUGAGUCAGCGCACUCGCAGACCUACACACUAACACCUCUGUCAGCAAACCAAACACACACUAGUCCUUGCUGGAGAAGUUUCAGUCACUUUUCCAUCCUGUCUGUCUGCCUGUCUGUCACUCAUGUCUUCUGUCUGUCUCAGGUUUUCUCACCGCAGAAAUUCAGCUUGUUAUGAGGAACAGAGCUUUGAUGACUAAUCUGCUAUUUGCAGUUCAGCAUUGCUGCAGUGAUUUUGCUGACGUCUGUGAUGUUUUUCAUUCUUUCCCACCGUCUCUGUCUUUGAAAUACACCCUUAUAUAACAGGUUGUCAUUUGCUUUAGUUCGGGACAGUUAUUUUGAGCUUCGAAGCAACAAAGCAAGCCAUCUUUGUGUUAUUUUAUGUGAUUUUUUAGAGCCUAUCAAAAGUGGAAUUUUUUAGACGACUUCAUCAGCUGAAGUCGCUGUGAAGCUUUUAAGAAGAGAUGAAGAGAUACCAAAAAAAAAGCACAAUAUUUUCUUGAUUAAAUAUGGUUUAUACGAAAAUAAACACAUGUGGGAUGUGUUCAUCUUUGUUGAUAAUUUUGCUGUUAUACUGUAAAUCUUUACAGACUGGUAUCAGAUGAUUCGGUCUGCAACUGUGUCAUGCCAAGAUCAGACUUUACACUCAUUAUUUCUCACUGUUUUAACACCACCUGCAUUAAUUGACUUUCUGCUGUUAUAAAUCAUUGGUCAUUAACUCAGUGACCCAUUUUCUCUGCUGUUUCAUUAUUUAGAGUAGGCACACAAACAGGCCUUCCACUCAUCAAACAUAAAUCAGGUUUGAACGCUCAUAUGAUCCAGGCGCAGCGUUUAAAAGCACCAUCAUGUCGUACCCUGACCGGUCUUUGAGGUGAAGGCAGGAGGCACAGGAGCAGAGGCAGGACACACAGGAUGGAUGUAGACACUGACCGGAUCAGGUUCGGUACUGGUAGGAAACCAGAUCUCCAUCAUGGCAAGGUUGAGCGAUCCUGGGCCCGAGCAGUGGCUCAGGUGUGCUCGCUCCCCCCAUCUGUGGCACGAAGCAGGUGGAGACGGGCAGCUCACAUUGGCCUGAAACUCUAGAAAAGUGCCGGGGCUCAGGUGUCAGCUAAAGGUUAGUGCUGUGUCCGUUAGGGUGACGUAGAACAAAGGACGGUCUCCUGGGCGGGGUGUCUGGUUACUGUGUGGCCAAGACGACGCGUCUUUGAAGCGAUAAGAUUAGAAGCAGAGAAGAAGAAAGGCCUCGCAGUGGAAUGUAGAGGCCAAGAAGGGAAAACAGCUUCAACAAUGGAUGGCCUUUGUUGUUGAUAUUGCUUGAACAGAAUUUUCCCGUCAGAAUUUCCAAAUAAGUUUCCAGUCCAACACAAACAGCUUUAAAGGACAAGGCAGUUUCAGAGCCUAAAAAUAGCGACGCAGAACCAGUGACCUUAAAUGAAUACAGAAGGGCUCCAGUUCAUUGUGUUGGCAGCAUACUCCCUGCUUGCUGGAGAUUAACUAAUGUUGCAUCAUGAAAUUCAAAGUACACAAGAUACUACUGAAACCAUCAGUCAAUUCAACAAGAUAAAAAAAAUAUAUACAUAUGUUUUUAAUAACUGACUGAGGAUCUGAUAACUCAUCGAGUAAAUCAAAAAUAACAGAUUAUUUCAUCAUCUAUAUUUUUAACAAAAGUAAACAGACUGACAUCUUAAAAGAAAACUUUUGUUGUGUCUAGAGUUUAACAGUCAGAGAUUUAAAGAUUGUUCAUUCAACUAGAGUGAAAUAGUAAAGGAAAUAUUGAAAUGUUUUUUGAAAAGAAGUGCCAGAAUACAGAUAUCAGUCAAUCAAUCAGUCAAACUUUAUUUUUUCAAGCAGGAUAUUAAAAACAAUGAAAUAAGAUAAAUAAAAAUACAAAAACCAUAGCCCACCCACCCUUCCAACCCCCAUUCAACACAUACAGCACUCACACGCUCACACACAGAGAUGCAUACACAAAAGACUACGUGAGGACUCUUCAACUUGCCACAGAUGAUUGAGGAAACGCUAUCUGAAGUUUAAAAAAAAUGAGGAAACACUGGAUCUAGGACUAAAGUGAUGAAACCAUGAUAAAAUAUAAUAAAGACGAAAAGCGUCAAAAGCUGAUUUAAUAAAAGUCUUAAAAUCAAACAAUAACAGAAAGUGAAUUUUUAAAAAAGAGGUAAUGAAACACAAAAGAGUUACUUUAGGACUAAAAUCGGGUAAAAUCACAUAAUGCAGAUUAAGAGAUUAAAUCAAAAUUUAAGUAAAAGCCAGACUAAAAAGGUAGGUCUUGAGUUUACUUUUAAAAACAUGAACAGUAGGUGUCGCUUUCAGGUCUGCAGGUAGGCUGUUCCACAGAUGGGGACCGUAAUGUUGGUGUACUCGUCUUGCAUUCAGUAUUGUCCUGUUAGGUAACCUAAUAAACUGAAGCUCUGAAAUAAUUAUGCUUCAUCCAAAACAGUAAUAAAAAAUAUAGAGUAACAUGUAUCCAAAUACUUUAUAAGUCUAAGUUGUGCAAAAGUAUGUGUAAGAAGAAGAAGAACAAAAAAGUACAUAACUAAAGUGAAAAGUGGCAUCAUGCCUCUGCCUUCGCCUACCUUUUCUGUAAUACUCCAUCAUCAUCACUAGAGCUGAGUGCUCUGUCAUGAGCAACACAAUGUCCUGAUAUCCAGGAGGGAGAUGAGAGAAGCAGGUAAAACGCAGGUAAGCAGAAUUGACAGUGAUGAGCUGAGAGAAAGAGCUCCUCUGUAGAUACGUGCUGCAGUUGCUUCAAGUAAAAGCGCCGUAGCUUCUCUCAGCUACCUUAUGUAAUGUUGUGUAACUCUUUGGCUCUCCAUCUCCAAAGUGUGCGAAUCCGUGUGGGAGACUGUGCAGACGAGCUAUCUUGCGAGGAGCGUGUGAUGUAAUGAAAAUGUGUUUAUGUGUGUGUUCCAGCGAUGCCUCAGAGCUGCUGAAUAGCAAAUGCUACCGCCUGAAUAAAACCAUAAGGAGCAGAUUGCUGCUAAUAGGAUUAAUGUGUCCCCUUAUGCUGUAAACUGAUUCAAAUCUCCCCACUGUGGACAUGCUGUCCCCCGGGGGAACAGCGGUGCAGCGCCAUAGCGUCAGCCUGUAUCGAUACUGCUUCCCCACUCGAGCUAUCGAUCCCACUGUAAUAACACUUGCCCCAUUGACAUAUCCCCUCUGCUCAUACAUCCCCCAAAGCCAUCAAUCAUGAGUUUUUUUUGUUGUUUUGCUGCUUUGCUAAUAUUUACGGCUGCUUUUGACUGAAGCCUUGUUUGCCGCUGACUUUAUCUGUGAGCGUCGAGUCUCAUGCUAAGCAGCCUGGAAGCUUAGAGCCAUAAAAUAUCUCAAUCAAUAAUGCACUGUAAGUCAGCCUGCUACCUCAUACUGCACUCGACACUUUAUAUUGUUACCUAUUAACCUGGUACCCUCCAGUAACGCAGCUUUAUUGUGUCUGGUUUUUAUGAGCUAUAGUAUGUUGUCUUCUUAAGUGUGUUACAGAGUUGUAUUUUAAAAACUGUAGAGAUCUUUUAAAGCCAUUAAACAUCAGGGAAGCUGGAGUCCAUGAGUAGAUUUUUUGUUGUGUAGACAAAAAUGGAAGUCACUUGGUUGAAAUGUAGCAACUUCCAGGUCAACAUUACUUUGCUGUUUUUCUAUCCUCGCCAUAAAUGAGGACAAUGUCGUCCACUGAGGUAAAAGUGGAGGAAUUAAAGGGUUUGUAACAGUUAGCCAAAUCAUAAAAUGAGAGUUAUGUGUUCCAAACACAAAAGCUCAGUCCCUGUUGGCUGCACAUUCACAUGGACGGCAUGUCUUUAUCACCUCCUCUUGUGAAAUGUAAAGCCACAAUACUGUCUGGAUAAGCACAGACAUAUUAUGCUGAAAGGGGCAAAGGUGCAAAGGCAGUCUGGCUGGUGGGGCUUCAGGGCUGACGUCACUCUCCAUCUGCUUCUAUACGUUCAACCUUCCAAUAAAAAAAAAAAAAAGAUCCCUGAGGAAGGUGCAGUCCACAGCAGAACAGAUUCAUUGUUCAAUUUCAUGUUUGCACUCAUGGGUAUUUAUUUAAAAUCAAUGACUCUUGUCUCUGGCUGAUCGUGUUUUUGUCAAAGCCAAAUUAAACUUUUUGGAAAUUCAACUCUCAAACAGUAAAUCAGAAGGAAAAGGAUCGACUGCUUUGAAGGAAAGCAUGUUUAAAAGAAAUAAACGGAUGUGUAAUCUUGUACUUCGACUCAUGUUUCAUCUGCUGUGAUGAAGGUGGAGGCCUUCAGACCUGUACUGCAGCUGGUCACCAGGGGGAGCUCUGAAAGUUCUGGUUCACUUGUGAUAGCUGUUGUACUAAAGCUCACUUUCACCCCAAGUGACAUGCAGGAAAUUUACAAAUUGCACUUUUAUGAUAGUAUCUGCAGUUACAUUCGCUUCGUCUGUGUGUUUGUUGAUUCUUGCCUCUAACCAUCAACUAUUUCUGUCUUUAUUUAAAGUCUUUCUACCCUUGAAGCUAACUAACAAAGUCAAGCAAUUUCAACCUAAGCUCAUACAACUUUUUAUGCAAGCUCCCAUUUUUCUUGUGGCGCUAAAAAUGUUUAUUUUUUAAGAUGGUAAGAGCAGGAAAAAGUAAAAGAAAUUCCACUUUAAACCCUCACCCUCGGAGGUUGACUGGUUUGUGUGAAUUUGUGUUGUGAAGAUGACUUUUCUACUAAUGCCUGACUGCUGAAAGGUUCACUAUGUUUCAAACAUGCUUCAUCUCUCAGCUGUGACUGCUCUCAGAUUGAUUGCAGUGAAAGUUGGCUCGGUUUGAGGGGGGAAAAUAAAAAUGGAGCGAGAUAAGCAUAAAAAUGUGCCAGGGCAGACAUGCAGGUAUGAGAUUUAUCAUCCAGCUCUGACUGUUAUCUCCACAAUCUGAGACUCCCAUUCGACCUCAUUUGACUGGAUCCAGUGUGGGCCUUUAGGGCGAAUAAUAAUUAAAAAACGAUGGUCCCCACAUUUAAGAAAUGAAUUUUCUUAAUUAUUCUAACAUGGUCUAUUUUUAGUGUUAACACUGUCACUGACUCACCUCCAGGCUCCGUGGCCUAGUUUGUUGGUUUUCACCCAAAUCCAGCUCAAGCACAAAGGUCCAGAUUAGCAAAAGCCGUGCACGGGUGAAACUAAAAGCUUAGUAAUUCACAGAAUACGGAAAAAUGAAUGAACUGAGACCUAUAUCUAUAUGUAAAUUUAUAUGUAUGCUUAUAUAUAUAGUUUUUCUUUCUUAAUUUAAUUUAUUUUUUUCCUUUGUCCCUUUGUUCUGUGGCAUUAUUCUUUUUACUUUUAUUAGUUAGUAUUAUUAUUUCUAGCUCUUAUCCAUUUCAUAUAACUCCUCAGAACAAAUACAUAUAGUUUUAUAUAGGCAUACAUACACUCACAGACACACAAGCAAAGUAAACUGCUAUCCUAGCCCCACAGAUAAGUCAACUACACCUACCAGCAUGUGAAAUACAACCAAUACCUGCUUGUGUUUGUCUUGUCUCGUCUCCCCAAUCUGUUUCUUAGUUUGUUGUCCCUCACCUGUCACUUAAUAAAAAAAUUUUAAAAAGUAAUUCACAGAAUAAUGAUAAAAAAAUAAUAAAUAAAAAUUAAAUGAUCCCAAUUUAUGAGGAUAAAUUUGAUGUAAUUCAGUUUAUAUACUUUUUUUUUUUUUUUUUUGCUCCAUCUGCUCCAACCAUUUUUUAACCCGGCUAAUCAAAGGAGAGAUGGGACGUGUCUUUGUGUCCCAGCUGAUGUGACUUGCUCACUCUCACCACACACAGAGAACAAACAGUUGAAUAUUUAGGUCUUAUGUAACUCUCUGCACUGCACAGUGAGUUACCACAGUGAAAGUCAUCAGCACUUUGAAGCGACCGAUCGUCACAGUUCGAGCUGAGGAGAUUUUCAGAGUUUAGUGUUUGUGUGGAUGCUUCGGUGAAAACUCAUUUUGAGCCGGUACAUGUUGAACAAUUAUUGAGCUGGACACAGAAGUAGACGGCUUGAUGAGAGUGCUCCCUGCACACAGAAACCUGAACCGUCUUUUACAUAAGACAGCAAAACACUCGUGUCACAGGGUCACAUCAAAGUCUGCCUCUUGACUGAGUCAUUACCAGGAAGAGGUGUGAAGUCAAUACUCUGCAGGUACUUUGUCAUUCCUCGCUUGUGAAUCAGGUGUACGUCGCUUAGUAACCCUUCAUUUUCGACUGAUCUUUUUUUUCAGAUGAUCGUUGUAGAGACCCCCUGGCUAGCUUUAUGCUCAGUGCCUCAGUAUGAGUCAUGCCUGCAGACAUGUCCUGUUGCCGUGUGAUGACAGCUUUUCCAUUACCAUCAGGAACAUAACUGCCUCAUUAGCCAAGAGGCAAUCUGCUAAAGGACAGCCCUGCAGCCGUCGACGAGUGAACUUUUGUUCACUACCAAGCUUUGUGACUUCUCACACCGGAUCUUUGAUAUUCUAGGGUGGCUUUUUCUUCUCUGAUUGACUUCUAUUCCUUUUUGUUGUUGUUCAGGAAACAUAAGUAACAUCAGAGCCAACUUGUGCAUUAGAAAUUUAUUUACUUCAGGUUGCUUGGUUAGAGCGUAUUCAGUCAUCCGUAGCUCUGCGUUCAACUUAAGCCCUUUGCUGCAUGACAUCCCCACUCUUCUUUCUUCAUAAUUACUAGCUGUCUUCAGGCAAUAAUCGCAAAAAAUAAAUAGCUUUCCUGUACAUUUAAAGCAUUGUUGCUCAAACUGUCAUGAAAAAGGGUUGGAAAAUGAGAAACAAAAUGUUGCAGUUGAGCACUCUUGUUGAAUCAUUUAGAUUUUAUUGUACUUGGUAGCGUUUUGUAAGCUAAAGGGGUAUACACAUAAACUCUUUAUACUAUGGACAACUUGGUUCCACCUUCCACCAGUAUACAGAUUUAAAGCCGAAAAGCUCCCUGUAAUUCUGCGUUUUCUAUCCAUUUCCUGAAACCAACAUUACACAGUAGCAUUUUACACACUCCACGACUUGCGCUGUAGCAUUGUAAGCAUUCGGCGGGAGAGUCGCAGAGAGUCGCUGUGAUGACACUUGGCUCUAACACCAUAUCCCCUGGGUGAGCUAGGCAAUCUGCGUCCACCCAUAGGCUGUUUCAAGUGUCAAUCAUAGAACACAUGAACCCCCUAAUAACUUUUGAAAAUGGAGCUUCACAGAAAAAAUAGGACUUGAGCACAAACCAGUCCAACAUUUACUACAUGUCAACAUCACAAGCAGGGGGGAGAAAAGAUUUAUAUUCUGUGUCAUAAAUUUCUAAAGUUUGUCCCAAGCUCCAUAGGGAUUGCUGGAGGAGGCGGGAUUUAUGACCUAUACUGCAGCCCGUCACCAGAGGGUGUCUUCACCCAGUGAGGAGGUGGAUGACGUCCAUUCUAUAUACAGUCUAUGGGUAUACAUAAGACUAUACAUACACUGGCAUAAUAAUGACUUACUUGACACCUGUCAUUAACAUGAAUAAGGCGACAUUAACAUAAUGACGACAACGCCUUCCCAAACAAUGUCAAUAUAGCACCAAAGGCGUCAUAAUUUACCGAAUGACACUUAAUGACAACCUUCAUAAGCCUUAUUCAUGUUAAUAACAGGUGUCAUGUCAUGAUUAUGACAGCGUAAUAUGUACAGCCCUUCAAGUAAAGUGUUACUGUACUUUUUAGACCAUUUUACUUUUUACCAAAAAAAGUGACUUCUCUUUGGUUUCCUUCCUUCUCAUGGUGUUGUUGUCUUUUAAAGCAUCACUUCAGAGCUGUCAGUUUCUACCAGAGCCAGUUUAGUCCGUGUGAAGGAGCUGCUUUCACACAGAUCGCUAAUUAAGGAAGCAUCUCAUUUCACAAAUUGAAGAUGCAUUUCUAACUUGUAAAAGAGUCACACAUACUCAUGCACCACUCUUUAAAGUGGAAACGUUUUUGUUUUUUUUUAUUCGUGUCAACAUGAACGUGAGUGGAAAAGAUGUUAAGUUGCAAAAUGCCCAUUCGGCGAAAACGGUCCCCACGCCAGUUCAGAAGUGCGUGUGCGGGACAGAGAUGAGAGGAUGUGAGAGGGGGGAAAUUCUAGCCUGUCGAGAUACACGCUGUGUGUUAUGUAAAGGUGACAUGGAGAAACAUGCGGUCAGCAAUAACUGACAGCACUCGCUGUUUGAAUCAAACCGAGUUGUCGGCUAUUUGAGAGCGGUGACUUCACACCCAGAGCUCUCCACUGUCUCUCCCACAAACACAUCAGAUUUCUCCUGCUGGAGAAACAAAGCCUUUGGGUAAAAUGAGGACGAAGUCAGCUGUAUACGUUGUGUUUUUUCUCACAUGUUCUCUUCAAAGUACAUACUUUUGUUUAAUUUUUGGCUGCUACAUCCUUCUCUGUACAUUUCCUUCAGCAGGUGAGGUGAUCUGGCCUGUAAUGGAUGAAAAACAAGUACAUGAUGUUCUCUUAUCCUGCCUCAUCUGUUGUCCUACAGCUCUCACUCCCUUCACAUACAGUAAUAACAGGUGCUGGAUCAAGCAGUGAGUGUGUGCCUGUGUGAGUGUGAGUGUGAGUGUGAGUUUGUGUGUGUGUGUGUGUUUUGUGCGGCUAAAACCAGUUUAUCUUUGCUGACAAGCUUUUGUCCUUCAGCUGUGGUUGGAUACCUGUCACAUUAUUUUGCAGACAUGCCGUCACUCAGUGUGUGUGUGUGUGUGUGUGUGUGUGGAUACCUAUAUGGAGAGCUAAUUAUGGAAACAGUGAAGAGCUCUGAACAGAUCAUCCAUAUAAAACCACUCUCGAGCACACGCACUCUGUACGUAUGCCAAAUGACAACGCAGUGAGUGUCCAAAAAGCGUGGCUGUGAAACCGAACACCCCUCCUCUUUUCCUCGUUUCCCCUUCUCUUCCUCCUCCUCUUAUUCCCUCAGGAUGUCCGCUCAUAGAGACCACAUGAAUAAGUGAUCGAGCACGCUCCCUUGUCACACACCACUCACCCGUGGGUGUAUCAGCAUCAGCGUGAAGGGUUAAAAAACAAACUCGACAUGCUAUUAUGGAACACGAUCUCUGGAGCUUUCCCACAUGCCUCCUUCUUGCCAAAACAUCCAUUCAGUUUAAAGAAGUUUCUGAGAAAGACGGCCUUAUCAGUUUUCACGCCCGGAGUUUGAUGACAUGUGAGUCAUAGCGGCGGCUUGCUAACACUCAUGGAAAAUUCACCGUUUGGAAAGAGCUUGAGUGGGCAGGGAGGUCAAAGAAGUGCUUUGUUUUCGUUUUCAAGCUGAUUAUGCGAAGGGGUCUAAACAAACAAACAGACGGAAACUGUUGAGUCUCUACAUUUAAAGUCAGAGUUUGAAUCCAACAUUGUUGAUACAGUGUUAUGAGGCAGAAAAUAAUGGCAGGAAACAUAAAUCAAUCAGACUUUAAUCAAGAAAAUCACAAACUUUUGCUGUGGGGGAAAAAGGGUUUUUUUUCUCUCUUGUCUGUCACUCACCCCCUGGCAUCAAAAAUUACAAUCGAUGAAUUGUUAAUCUGCUUGUUUAUGGUCUUGUGUGUCUUCAUAAGUCAUAAAAAAGCCUCACAGUUAAUUUCCAACCAAAAACUCCUCACAGGAACUUUGACGACGUUUUCUUUUAACUCUUGCAUAAUGUGCAGCGUUUCACUUUUGGAUGAUAAACUGUACGGAUCCUUGUUGCAUUUUGUAGCUUUGCAGUUUUAUUUUAUUUUUCUACAGAGACAGAUGGCUGCCAUCUUUAAUGACAAGCACCCACAUGAAACUGGUUUAUGCUGCAAUCCCAGUGCAAGUGAGAAAUGGACUUAAUAAAACCUAGUGAGGUGUUCAAAAGAGAAAAGGCACAUAUAUUAGUCCAAACUGAGCAGAGAGAGAAAAACAGAGAGAGUAAAUACUCAACAUAUCUAUUGAAUAUGCUAAUUUUAGUCUUAAACACAGUCUUACAAUAAGAUAUUCUUUUAAUUCCAAAAUUACAUCAGCAUAAAUACAGAUACAAAAAGAGAAAUUAAAGGAUAAAGACACAAAGUUAAAGAAAGAUAUCAUGUACAUGAGUCUUAUAUACAUAUAUUAUACAGUAGAACUUUUGCUGUGUACAGUAUAUACACACAAUAAUUGCUGGUCACAUGAGAUAAAUGUCAUGAACUGCACCCCUUCACUGGUGGUUUAUUUUUUCACUUUACUGCAUGAGUUCAGCAGGAUUUUACACAGAAGUUUGACCAGACAAAUUCAGGGUGAAGUUAGGGGGAAAAUUGAGUUUGUUUGCAUUCACACAUGCAGCUCAGCUUAAGAAAUCAUUCAGUCUUUAUUAAUAUAGCACUUUUCAUACACAACCAUGUAGCACAAAGUGAUUUACAUAGAAGAGAAAGAAAAAAACAAAGAAUACCCUAAUCUAUCCUAAUCUUGAAAAGGGCUAGAUUUCUUAGAAACAGGAAUGUAUACACUGACGAAAUGCAAUUUUAGAACUCAAGAUAAGUAAACACUGAAGGUGGUGUUAAAAUCUAAAAACAAAGUAACAUAAAAUGAAAUUUAAGAAAUAAUAAAUAAAAUGAAAUAAAAACAACAGUAAAAGAUACUAAAAUAAGUGCAUCCAAAUAGCUCAAUAAAAGAUGAUCCUGUCAUAAAAACUAGAAAGAAAGAAAUGCUAGAACACUUAAAAAAAAGUUAAUGAUGUAAAAUUUAGUCAAAAGCAAAACUUAAAAGGUACAUUUUUAGUUUGGUUUUAAAAUGAUUAAGAUAAGUUGUAGAUGUUUGAAGUGAGCUUGUUUGCAGUCAAGAUUGUACAUUUCAGUGUCAAAGUUGCUUUUCAAGUGAAAGUUUGUUUUUUGUCUGUAGAGUGUGUAGAGUUUAGCCCAUACACUGUAUAUAGAAUGGACAGAGUCUGCCUCCUCGGCGGGUGAAGCCACUCCGAGAACAGCACCCUCUAGUGACAGGCUGCAGUAUAGGUCAUAAAUCCUGCCACCUCCAGUAAAGCUUAUGGAGCUGUGGACAAACUUUGGAAAUUUAAUACACGGAAUAUACAUUUUUUUUCCCACCUGCUUGUGAUGUUGACAUAUAGUUACAGUAGUACCGUUUUGUGCUCAAGUCCUCUUUUUUCUGUGCAGCUCCUUUUGUAAAAAUUUUAAGGGGAUUCAUGUUUUCUAUGAGUUACACCUGAUACAACCUAUGGGCAUAGGAAGAUUGCGUAGCUCACCCGGGGGAUACGCUGUUUCAGCCGAGCGUCAUCACAGCGACUCUCUGCGACUCUCCUGCCGAAUGCGUACAACACUACUGUGCAAUGUUGGUUGCAGGAAAUAGAGAAAAACGUGGAAUUACCGAGAGCUUUUUGGCUUCAAAUCCGUAUACAGGCGGGAGGUGGAACCAAGUUGUCCAUACAGUCUAUGGUUUAGCCCUUUGACCUGAUCAUGAGUGAAGAAAGCUCUGUAACACUUCCUGAAAUCACUUUGAUUUUGUUGUCUCUGAAAUACAGAGAAUUAAUUUUAAAUUAGCACAGUAAUAUUAUAACACUUUCCUCUCAUCAAGUCAGUCGGAAAUUUUCCUUAAAAUGCACAUUGAGAGUUCAGAUAUUCACACACACCAUCACACCUUCUGUGGUGAAGUAGAAACCUGACUAAAAAUGGGAUCACAGAGCCUGGAGGUGAACUCAGCACUGAGCCAGCAGUUAGCCAGCUACCUCCAGGCAUUUAGAAACAAACAACGUGAUACGCUUGCACCCGCAGAAGAAACAGGAAUAAAACUCAGAGGGAGUGAAGGAGGUGUUUGGGUACAAUAAUUAAUCAGCCUAAUUAAUCUGCCUUUUCUUGAAAUGCAGAUUGUUUUGUCACAGUGUACACCACACCGCAGCACAACUGUGGUUCACAGCUUGCUCAAUCAUUAACAGCUCUGCAUGUGUCAGACGGCGUGAUGAAGUGAAUUUUAAGAAGAAAUGGAGAAACUUGUUACAUAACGUUCGAUCAAAGAUGCUGGCAGUCAGCUGGAGUGGAGCAGACAUUUAUCAAGGACUUGAGCUACAAUAACCACCUCAGUGAAUCGUUUUGUUCUGCUCUACAAAUAAUGCAGCCGGCUUAGAGUGCAUAUUCAUUAAGAAGAGGCAAAAACGAGAUAUGUAACAUGUGCUCAAAUAUUAUGUCAGAUAGAAAAUGAUAAGAGACAUCAGUGUGGGCAGAUAAAAGAUGAGAGUUCUUCUGUAUUGUUAGAUAUGAACAUUUUUGCUGCUGUCUGAUGGUAUGUGAAGUGGAUGCAUUAAUUCUGCGCACACUGUGAUUACCUAGACGCACAAGCCUUAAGUAGUUUACCGAAGUGUUGAAAGCAGAUGGCAAAAUAGCGUUUUUCAGUGCACAGGUGAAGAGACGAGGAACGAAACAACAUUCCUUUUUAUCUCUGCCAAUUUAAUUACGAAUCUCAAGGACCGUCAUCCUGAACAGCACUGAGAGUCUCUGAAAAGUUAGACCAGGGACAACUUGUUUGCAGCCUCUACUUCAGCGAAGGAAUGAGCCAAAGAAGGUAAAACAUGAAAAACAUUGAAUUCAGGGCUUUUACUGACCACUCUUUCAACACUGGUGGAAGGUCCAGGUUUCUGAUGUUGUACUUGGAGCCUCACUACACUGUGCCUAACCAGUGUUACUGCUCAGCUUUGUCUUUAGUCAUAUAGAAGAGUUUCAUAUAAGCUUUACCAGGGACCUCUGGGUAAGCCCUGCUAGCAUUAGGGGUGGGAGAAAAAAAUCGAUUCGCAAUAUUUUUUCUGGUGAUAUAUCAUAUCAUCUCAUUAACCAAGUAUCGAAUUUUUAAAUGAAUUGUUAAUAUGAAGACAAAUCUAUCAUCAUGGAAAAAUAAAAUCAACUGUUUGUCCAGUGAGGUUGGCAGAGGUGACACCAUAGAGCAGGAUAAAGUUAGUGCAACAAAUAUACAGUGUACAAGGUUUGCAAGAUGUGCUACAUGGAAAUGAAAUACAGCAUGAAUUAACUAAACAGUUGAAAAAAUUAUAUAAAUUGCAAUAUAUUGUAUCACAAUACUCAAUGUAUCGCAAAAUGUUAAAAAUAGCAAUAAUAUCGUAUUGUGGGGCCACUAGUGAUUUCCACUCCUAGUCAGCAUGUGAGCCUCGGUGCCCAAUGGAUCGAUCACAGUACAUUAUUUAAAUUGUUCAAUAUUUCAUGAAAUCAUCGUUUUUGUAAACUAAACUGUAUUUAUUUAAUUUCAUUUGAUUGUGCUCAGUGAACAGAUAACCUGGUUUCUUCUUCGGUUAAAGGGAUAUUCCGGCGUGAAUUUAAAUUAGGGUCAAACACAUCGUAAAACCAAGUUAGACACUCCCUCAAGAGAUGAAUGUUGACGACCACUUGCCUCUCUAGUUAUACCAACUUCAGCAACGACUGUACGAUAGCAAUACACAGCGGUCUUGUCUCCAUGUGCAAACCUCAACAAAAAUCCACUCUACAGCCACAAAUGAUGCUCAGAACAGCUCCUAACUUCAUCAACAGUACAUAUAGGGUCCUAGCCAUAGUACUAGCCACCAAACAUCUUUUUAACUUUGCCUAAUUUCUUUAGCAAAGAGACUAAACACAACUCACCCACUCUCCUCUAGCAGCCACUUGUUUGUAGGGGAGCCCUGACGAGUUGAUCACCAAGUGCAGCGGAGUUUUGCCGCUCAAGGAAGAACAUUUAUGAUCAUUACUUUAUGGAAAUGGAAUCAGAGUUCUUGUGUAUCUUGUAUGUGCACUGCAGACAUGGUAGUUCUUCUGCCUUAGCGUCUCAGUCUAAUUGCAUGUCCAUUAAGUAAUAAUCAUAAAUUUUCCGCUGCACUCGGUGAUCGACUCGUCGGGACUUCCCCACAAACAAGACGCUUCUGGAGGAGAAUGGGUGAGUGUUGUUUGGUCUCUUUGUUACCAGGCUGUCAGGUAACAAACACCAUUUCAGUCCUGAUAAGAGUGUGCUGUGUCAGCCAAACAAGGAGUGUGUUGUGUUGUGUGAGUAUACAGUUGUUUUGUUUCCCAUAGACUAAAUAAGGAGGAAAAGAAAAAAACAGCACCACCACCAUCCAUCUUGUUUUUUGGAAAUUAGAUGCGGAUUUACAGUCACAUUUCCAUCAGUUCGCUCUGCGAGGUGGUCAGCUCAGAGACACAGAAAACGUUAAAGUCGAGGUCUAAAAGUCCAGCUCUCCCAGAGGCCGUUGCCUUUCGACCUCCUACUGAGCUGCGUGAUUGAGUUCACACCCGAGGAGGCAAAUUUGGCACCCGUGGAGAGGACCAGGUGAAAAAAAAACACAGGAAACUGGAGAAUAUAUCACAUGGGUGUAGUUCAAGACAAAGUGUGCUGCACAGGAAGGAGGAAAAAAUAGAGAGGGGUGUAAUCAGAGAGAGAAGAAAUAUUGACAAAGACAGCCUCAGAGACGAUUGCAGGAAAGUAACAAGAAGUUUUAAAUCAAAUUUCCCCGUGAAGUCAUAAACUAAUAAAAAGGAUGGAAAUCAGUUAGAGGCACAGCUUGUACUCAAAGGACGAUUUCAUAUCUUAUUACCAAAAAUAUCAAAAAGCUGACAUUGUUUGUGAAAAAAAAACAGUGAAAAGUUGCUUUUCUCAUUUCCUUUUCAACUGGAAGGCUUGUUUAUUUCUUAUUCUUUAUUCUAACAAUUUUUUUUACAGAAAUAAAAAUUCAUCAAAAACUGAAACACAGGUUAGACAGUCAGAGCCAACUUGAACUUCCUCAAAUCUUAUUCAUACAAAGCGUAGUUAAGAUGGAUACAUCACAACACUUGGAUCCUUUAAAAUGACACACCUCUGACUCCACCCGUUUGCACCUCUUCCUGUUUUUUUUUUUCUUUAGGAGAGGUUUGAGGCUUUGUUCAGGAUCUACGACGAACAGACAACUUUCCAGAUGUUCAAAAGCUUCCGGAGAGUCCGGAUCAACUUCAGCACCCCGGAGGCCGCCGCCCGUGCUCGCAUCGAGCUGCACGAGUCCGAGUUCAACGGCAAGAAGCUCAAACUCUACUUUGCUCAGGUGAGUGACAGCUGAAGGGUCAUGAGAAGGGCAGACAGGCUGUAGGGGCUGUGGGAAAUGGACCGUCUGAGGAAGAUACCUGCAUACAAAUCCACACAAAACAGGGGCGAAAUCAAGCAGAGAAGGGUGACUGUCUCCGCUCUAGAGUCACUUCCUCUCUACUUGAUUCAUUUUCGUCUCCGAGCCACACCUGAACGCUUCCUCUACCCACCAGAACCUCCUGUCACAACUCAUCAGACACAUGAUUAAGCACAGUAGUGCAUCAAUUCUUGAUUUCCCCUUCAUUUUAGGAGUGUGAGUGGAAAUGUUGGUGUGUGUGUAUCUGUCUGGGAGAGGAAAUGGAAAGAAAAGCAAAGUACAGUUUCUAGUAUAAACACAAAACCAGAAGGGCAUGUAUGUAUCCACAGUCUGUAGAUGUAGCUGUUAUAAAUCCUGUCUACAGAAAUUUCAGAGCUGUUGUCACUUCAUCUCUCAUAGAUCCAAAAUGGCGACGAAGACAUCGACAAGUCGUACCUGGCCCCCCCUCAGCCCGUCAAACAGUUCCUGAUCUCACCGCCUGCCUCGCCACCUGUGGGCUGGAGCCAGAGCGAAGACGCUACGCCCGUCAUCAACUACGACCUGCUGUGUGCAGUAGCCAAGCUGGGACCCGGUCAGUACUCAGCAGCUAAAUUUGAAUAAUAUUAGACGUGAAACACCAAUAAUACAUCAAUCAAAUGUGAGUCACCCAGAUUCGAACCAGAGGUAAUUUCACACCCUGACAGGAUGAUGAAAAUGAAGGUCAUGUAUCGAGAAAGUGAUUUAAACAAAGGAAUGAAUUUAUUGAAUCAUAUGUUUUAUGUUGGACAUUCCCGCCUUUGUGUUCCUGUGCAUGUGGUCCUCGUCAUGCAGCAAAAUAAAUAAGCCCCUAAAUGAUCUUCACAUUGCUGAAAACCAUCUUUCCAUGUCACAGGUAUUAAAACCUCGAUUCGUUGCAUUCAUACAAAAAAAAAAAAAAUGCACCAAUGCUUCUGUUUCCGUGGGUGUGACUGACAAGAAAAUCUGUCCGUUUGGCUAAUAUCUCCCUGAAGUGUCUUAUGACAGCUGAAGAACUGCACCGGCAGGCCUCUCCAGCAUUGGAGGAAUUAAAAACUCAGAUUCUGAUGAGCACAGAUGGUGUUUCAAAUGCCAAGAACGGAAGAGCAAAAGUGCGAAGACAAACGUUAAACAUAAUCAUAAGCAGUGAUAGUAACACUGGCUGCAACUGUGGGCAUGUUCAGCUAACUGUAUCAUUAACAAUACAGAAAAAAACAUGCUGUUUAUUACCUCCGUGGCUGAAUAAUCGUAGGUUACCCUCAUUGUUAGAGGCCCUCAAAUCUGCGACAACAAUCAUUGGAAACGAUCUGUUCCUUUGCAGAAAUAAACCGAAUUUCAAAACAAAAAACGAUUCAACUUUUACAUCUUUUGAUUAAAAUGCAAAUCAGUUCCACAGCACCCCAAAUAGAUCUUUUCCCAGUCCCCUUGCUUUUAUGAAUCUGAAAUGUGUAGGCAGCAAAGCCCGACACAGAUUUAGACGCUUUGAGAUGUUUCCUAACAAUCUUGUUCCCCUGCAGCUUUUUCUACUCAGAGAUAAUUUUGGCUCCGUCUGCAUAGUGGAAAAGAUUUCAGAUUGCAGGAACCUUUAUAAAAUGUCACCUAACACACAUUAAAAGGUGUGUUUUGUCCACGGGGUCUUGGUGUGUCUCUGUGUGCAGAUGUCGUUCAUGCUGCUGAGGGGGGACACAUCAUCUCUGUCGAUUCAGUUUGACAGAAUCAUCCGUUUUACUUGUAAGAGAUAAAUCAUUAAAGUUUCCUCACACAUGCACUCUCCAGCAUAGGAUCACAUUUGACACAUUACCAUAGCAACACGGGGCAUCAGGAAAUGGCUUUGUCCUUCGCCUCACAUCCGAGAAUCAGAUUAGAGCCGGGCUGCAGCACAGCGCGCUGACUCCCUCUGUCAACUCUCCGUGGUAACAGCAGGACUCCCAUUCACUGUCAGUCUUCCUGUUUGGCAACGCGGAGAAAAAAAAAGCUGCAAGACCAAUUUCCUCCUGUCUGCCAGCUGUCUGAUCUCAUCUCCAUGGCAACUGUGAUACAAUUGAGCAAGUGUGUGUUUUCAUUCCCGAGUCCGCUGAGUUUGGCAUCCGCACAAAUACCGGGGCUAUUCUGAGGAAAGCUGUUUUGUUUUCAGUUGAAGGCCUGUCUGAGUAUCCGCCCGAUCUUACACACACACACACACAAAAAAAACAGACAAAGAGGAGAUUAUUUUGUCCUGUAAAAACAUUCACAGUAGUAACAAAAACAGUGUUGGCUCCUGAGUUUGCCCUACCAUGUAAAAUCCCUACACAUAAUUUUCUUCUGUGGAUGUUAAGUUUGACUGAAAACAUUGUUCCUAAAAGUAAUAUUCAAAAAAAUCAAAACUCAUGUUGUGAAAAAUCUUUGAACAAGAUGGCGCUGUUGCUGCCCUCAUCAAUCAAACUGAAACCAGUCUUAUUACAAAAGUAUGACUUCACACUGAACCACUGCCACAGUCACUUAAAGGGAUAUUCCGACGUAAAAUUAAGUUGGGGUCAAGCACACCAUAACACAGAGUUAGACACGCCAUCGAGAGGUAAAUGUUACACAGCGGUCUGUGGAUCUACGCGCAAAACUCAACCAAAACGCCACUCUAUAACCACAGAUAAUGCUCAGAACAGCACCUAACUUCAUCAACAGGACAUAUAGGGUCCCAGCCAUAGUACUAGCCAUCAAACAUCUUUUUAGCUUUGUCUGAUUUUUUACACAACUCACCUACUCUCCUCCAGCAGCUGCUUGUUUGUGGGGGAUCACUGACGAGUCGAUCACCGAGUGCACAGCUAGAGUUUCACAGCUCAAGGAAGAACAUUAAUGAUCAUUACUUUAUCAUUUUCUUAGAGUUAUAAUCAUCAUAUUAAUCAUUUUGCACUGCAGACAGGGUAGUUCUUCUGCUUUAGCGUCUCGGUCUGAUUUGCAUGAAGAGAAAGUUUCCAAAGCAGGAGAGGAUUUGGGUCCCUGAAGUAGGAUUUCACUCGGUUCUUUAACUAGCUCCUCUUCCACCUUCCUCCUUCUCUUUAGGUGAAAAGUACGAGCUCCAUGCAGGUACAGAGUCAACCCCUAGUGUGGUCGUCCACGUGUGCGAGAGCGAGACAGAGGAGGACGACGCGGCGAGGCCAAAGCAGCAGAUUGUCCAGACCAGACGCCCUGACGGACCCCCGAAAGUCUUCAACUAGAUAGGCUUCCCCGUGACCCCGGCGCGGCCCCCGACCGCCCCUUAAAAAAACCUGCGACACACCUGCCCUCUCUCUCUCGUCUCUGCACUCACAGAGAGCGUCGACGCCCCUCAUUUCAGUUCAACUACAAGCAAAAACAAAAAAACCAACAAACAUUGCUCGAGAGACGGUGUUUGUGGGGGAGCGUGGUGAUGGAAUGAGGCGGCUUGAAGGGGAUGGAUGAGAAUCACACACACACUCAUCACAUUCUUGCGGACAGCGUGGGGAGCGGCGGGCAUGCUUCGCCUCCAACCCCACCAACUCCCCCUUUUUCUGCAAGAGGGGCCAGGAAAAAAAACCUGUCCCAAAGCAGGCACCUGUCACUUUUCACACACUCUCAGCUCUCAUCGCUAGUCAGUAGCUCGCUAGUUAGUUAGCUUUUUAGCUUGUGCCUCUCCUUUCAUCUCACUGUUGUUUGUACAGUAAUCUUCAGUCGAGGUACCUGCGAUGCCUCCUAACAAAGACAUUUACUUCUUCUUCUUUGUUUUUUUUUUUACAAUAAAUUGUGUUCUCAGACUAUUACACAGAUAUUAUGUGUAUUUUUUCAUUCAUUUGCAUAUCUGCUGUUCGUUGCUUCAGCUUGCAUCAAGAUCGAGUGUGUGAUGUUAUCGCUCUUGUCUGCAUGUAUAUACUGUAUAACAAAAAAUACGUACAGAAACACAAAUAUUAACAAGAUAUAUCAAGAAAAAGGAACUUAUUUAACAUCACACACAGCACGACGCCAUAUGUGACUAACAAAGUUGUGGUGGUUGUUUGACUCUUGGUUAUUUUUUGUUUUCUUUUGGCUUGUUUUUGCUUUUUUUUUUUUUGUCUUUUUAUUUGGAGAGGUGUUGUUUUCUUGCUGAACUACUUCAAUGUGUAUUCCUACUAUGUAUUUGAUACCCUAAUACUUUCUGCAUGCUUAGUUAUUUCUGUAACUGAGGAGCUGAGGUGUUUUGUUUUUUUUAUUGAUGUUUGUGACGAGAAGGACAUAGUGUGACGCUUUUGACAAAAGUGCAUAUCUCUGCACGAAGUUUAUUGACGUCUUAGGGCAAGAAAAAAAUGUUUUAGUUUUUUUUUAUGACUGACGGCUAAGUAUUGAACUCAAUGGCGAAUCAGUGCUUGUCUCUAUUGAUGGCAUUUGAUUAAUCAGAGACAAUUCAUUCCCCUCUUUUUCUUCAAGGGGUUUGGAAAGCUGAUAUUUUUUUUUUUGUAUUUAACAUCUUUAACGUCUUAUGUGUCAGGAUUUUCCUCCUAAACCAUUUACUAAUUGUGUUUUUUUUUUUGCACUGAGUAUCUCUUGAUAUCCCCUGGCAAUUGCAAAAGUCUUGACCGUCUCCUGCUGCGCACUAAAAAAGAAAAACUGUGCUGCCUGUUGCUGUAAAUAUCUGAGUGGUAGAUUUGUGGAAACAGAUCAUUUAUUUUAAAGUUUAACAUGUAAGUAUUUUACUGAGGAGGGAAAAUUAGAUCACAUCAAUUUAACUAUUCACUUACCUCACCCAUAUAUAGUUAAAUUUUGCAGAAAGAGGUCACAUUCACACAUUUAAAUGCGAGUACUGUUCAGUUUUAUUUUUCCAAUAGUUCUUUUAGGAAUUUCCAAAUCUCCAUAAACUCAAAUUAUUUGUCCUUUUGUUUCACUCCCCUCUAAAUUCCCACAUCAUAUCAGCUCCUUUUAUGCUUUAAAAGCAACAGGUAAAAUUUCCUCAUGGGGCUUUUAGGUGUCAGCAGCGAGUCUAAACCUUAUCUGUCAUCAGGCAGCAUGAAAUCAAACAUGACUAUUUUUGCUAUAUAACAAGAUAAGUAAGCAAAAGAGAAGUCUGUCUGCAUGUGAGCACUUUAUUGUCUGUGUUUUGUUUGUUUCAUGAUUCUUAUAAAACAGACAAAGCACGUCGCGUUUUUUCUCUUUUUUACAUUUCGUUAAUCUUAAGCCGAUCACCUGGUUAGCCUUUUCACCAGCAUUUUGCAGUGCGAGAAACACUCCACUUCCUUUUUUGCUUGAGUGAAUUUCUGAGGAAUUUCAGGCCUUCUGGAGAAAUGUGAGUGUACUGCAAGGAAAGUGUGGACAGAUAGGACUGGGAUAGGCUUUAUAUGAGGCAGGAUGACACUACAAAACAAAAUCAGAGGCUUUGUUUUGGUCUUUGUCGUCCAGACAGGUUCAUUUUAUCCUCUGAGGAAGUAGUUCUUUGAAAAGCACUGUGUCGGCGGAGUGCACUUUUAUUGGCUCUACAGUAAAGCUGUGGCGGUUAUCUAAGCAGACAGCAGAUUGGAGGAACUACUGAGGUGGGCGAUGAAAAAGAGGAAGCAGCAGGAGGAAGACACUCCUGAAGAAUUUUUUUACUCUCUGAGGUCAUGGCGUUUGAAACUGGGUGGUCACGGUUGAUAUGAAAAUGUAUAUUUAUGUACAUAUGCCAAGUGUUUUUUGUUGCUGAGGCCAGUCCCAGUGUGCAGUUUGUUACGGCUUCUCUUGGCUAUGUUGUAAUGGAAAAAAAGAAACCAAGAAAAAAAAGAAAAAUACAAAAAUGUUUAAUAAGUCCUUACAAUGCUUGAUCAAAAAACCAACUGUCAUUGUGUUGUGUUCAACAUGGACUCUGUUUGAAUGUUUCUUUAAUUUCUGGGGAACGUCCACUAAAAAGGUCAAUAAUGCCGUUUGUCACUGUUGUACUGUUUCUGUUGAAAUAUGAAUAUUGUGUCUUGUAUUGUAGGAAAACAAAGUAGCAAAACAAGCAAUAAUUUACAGUUCUAUGAUACCGGUAUGUGUAUUUUCAUGUUCUGUACUUAUUUCUCAGAGAUGGUCUCUGUCUCUUACAGUAUCCGCUUCUAUUUGUGUAGUAUAAUAGCAAUUUGUUUCACAUAGAGAAAUACAUAAAGACUUCUUCUUAAAAGCCAUGUCCAGUGUUGUUUAUUUUAAGCGCUUCACGCCUCAGAUACAAACAUGAAAAAUACAACUCAAAAUUACAUAAUGGUUAAAGAAAAUAUACAGUUAAAUACCAGAAGUAUUUGACUGAGAUUGAAUCAGAGACUGGGAUAAAAAAGUGGAUGAUGUGACUCUAAACACUGGCAUUGUGCUGUUAAAGUAAUAAGCACUCUUCCAUGUAAACAGA